CUGUAAAAGUGCAGUGCUGUUUCAUGCCGCUAGAUGCCUCUGUAUCACAAACCUAUAUCUCUGUUUCUUGAGCUCUAUGUUGUUAAUACAAAACAUUACAGAUGAAUUGUCAUGACAGUUACACACGUUAGUCACAGCAGCUUAUCAAAUAAGGUUUAUAUACUAACUGCAUCCAUCAUUUUGGCAGGAAAUGGAAGCUUCCAACAACACGGGUCAAAGUAGUACGAGGGAUAUUUGUUUUAUUGUUUAAAUAUCUUGACUAGUGGUAAGAGAAGAAACAUUCCCAUUCCACCUCGGGACUUCUUUUUAAAGGCACAAGCUUAAAGCAGGUGGAGUCAAACAGCGACAUGUGACGAGGCGUGGAGUAUUAUAGAGGAAGAAGCAAUCAUAUUGUCACAAAGGUUGGUUAUGGAGACGGGUUAUUUAGCGGUGCCCAAGAACAGUACAGAGGAAUUUGAAUAGAUUUUUUUUUUAAUUCACCAUGGAGCUUAAUGGUAUACUGAGUGGAUAUCAGAUUGAUGUUCUUUCCACUGAGUACUUAGUGUUACUUACUCCCAGUGUGAUUGGGAGUUUUUCUGUCCUGGUGGUUUCCGUGGUGAGAUGGAGGCACUUAAAAGAGCAGGUGCACCUCCUGGUGCAGCUCUCUCUGGCAGACCUCCUGGCUGCUCUGAUCCUCAUGUCCACCAGUGUCAUGAAUAAAGUUAGCAUCGACAACAGUGUAGCCGUCUGCCAAUACAGCCUGCCGCUGUCACUGACAUUUUACUUCAUUUCAUUUCUGCUGGUGGCGGUCUACGCAUGGAAGUCGAGGAACCCAAUCCAAGGAUGGAGAGCCAGACCCACAGAGGAUGAGGGGGUGCAAAUUCAAUGUAGAAGGAAAAUAGUGGCUCUACCUCUAUAUGGCAUUGUUUGGUUGAUCCCCAUCGUAAUGUACUUAGCAUAUGUGCUCACUCCCUUCAUAAAAUACACCUCACUGUUUCCGGUCAGCGGCAGUUCAGCGAUCGUUCGUAAUGAUACAAAAUACUGCACCAGUUGUAUCUUGUUCCUGCAUGUCUGGAGGGAUUCCUGCUCUGAUGAUGAAAGAAUUCAUGACACGUUCAUCAGAGUUUUUCUUUUCCUCGUUGUGAUACCAGUGAUGUUGUCUUGCUCUGUCAUUUACUAUAAGGUUGGGAAAUGGUAUGAAAGAAAUGAGCAGGAAGGGCUAUUUCCUGUGGAGGGAGAUGGACGUUCAAGAAGGAGAAUCAAAGGAGUUUUUUCCACAGCAAGAAAUAUGGUGCUAGUCAUCUUACUCAGCUGGGCACCAGCUCUCUUCCUCAUUCUACUAUCUACCCUGAUGAUCUGGACAAACAUUGAACAACGCAGCCUAUUUGGCAUUUAUAUGAUACAGGCCGCAAGUGUGUCUUUGCAAGGCUUCCUGAACAGCAUGGUUUACGCUUGGAGGCGACCCAACUUCACGGAGGCCGUUUUUGGGGAGAAUACACCCCUUGUGGCACAGCAGCACUUGGCCUUCUUUGAUGAAUCACUGAGAAGCUCAUUUUGAUUGCAGACCCUAAACGUUCGGAGCGACAUUCUUUGUGCUGCAGAAACGACCUCCUGGCCUGAGGCAGCGUGACCCCGUGGCUGCACACUUCAUGUAUUUGAAUGAAUGUAGACUGAAACAUAUGAUCUCAUUUCUGAGCCAAGGAUGAAAGGAAAUGAAAAAGAUGAAGGACACACAAAAGCUCUUAAUGAAAACAAAAACAGAUGCAGUUUUUCUCUGCGUAUUCAAGCAUUUUUUUUGUAUGAAUGGGAACAAAACGAUUUCUGGAGGAAUUGUAGGAUUGUGUUGUAUUUAUAUACGUGCUAUUAAUGUACUGUUUUGUUCGGGAUUAAAAAUGCUGUUAAGAAUUAUGAAA